CUUGUGACUUGACUCCAAAGACUUGUGACUUGACUCCAAAGACUUGGGACUUGACUCCAAAGACGUGUGAUUUGACUCCAAUGUGUUGGGACUUGACUCCAAAGACUUGUGACUUGAGUUCAAAGACUUGUGACUUGACUCCAAAGACUUGUGACUUGACUCCAAAGACUUGGGACUUGACUGCAAAGACUUGGGACUUGAGUUCAAAGACUUGUGACUUGACUCCAAAGACUUGUGACUUGACUCCAAAGACUUGUGACUUGACUGCAGAGACGUGUGACUUGACUGCAGAAACGUGUGACUUGACUGAAGAGACUUGUGACUUGACUCCUAAGACUUGUGACUUGACUCCAAAGACUUGUGACUUGACUCCAAAGACUUGUGACUUGACUGCAAAGAGACUCACUGGUGACCAGCCAAACAAAGACCUGGUUGUCUGAAGGUGAAAGGAAGGCGUUGUGUCCUCAGGAGGUCUCCUCUGGGGGGAUUGUGCCCAAGUCCCAGGGAGUCCCUGUCAGACCAGCAGUACCAGCAGAUGGCGCUGGACACGCUGGAGGAGCUGGACUGGUGCUUGGACCAGCUGGAGACCAUUCAGACACAUCGCUCCGUCAGUGAAAUGGCCUCCACCAAGUUCAAGAGGAUGCUGAACAGGGAGCUGUCCCACCUGUCGGAGAUGAGUCGCUCCGGGAACCAGGUGUCUGAAUACAUCUCCAGCACCUUCAUGGACAAGCAGAACGAGGGGGAAAUCCCGUCUCCGACCCUCAAAGAGAAAUCCAUGAGCCACAUCAGCGGCGUGAGGAAGCUGUCUCACAGCUCCAGCCUCUCCAGCUCGUCCAUGCCUCGCUUCGGCGUCAACACGGACCACGAGGACGAGCUCGCCAAGGAGUUGGAGGAUCUGGACAAAUGGAGUUUCAACAUCUUCAGAGUAGCAGAAUUCUCCAACACCAGGCCUCUAAGCUGCGUCCUGUACACCAUCUUCCAGGAGCGAGAGCUGCUGAAGACGUUUUGUAUCCCGGUCGACACCUUCGUCACCUACGUGAUGACCCUGGAGGACCAUUACCAUGGAAACGUGCCGUACCACAACAGCCUCCAUGCUGCGGAUGUCACCCAGUCCAUGCACGUCCUGCUGUCCACGCCGGCCCUUGAUGCCGUCUUCACCGACCUCGAGAUCCUCGCCGCUCUGUUCGCCGCGGCGAUCCACGACGUGGACCACCCCGGGGUGUCCAACCUGUUCCUCAUCAACACUAACUCCGAGCUGGCCCUCAUGUAUAACGACGAGUCGGUUCUGGAGAACCACCACCUCGCUGUGGGCUUCAAGCUGCUGCACCAGGAACACUGUGACAUCUUCCAGAACCUCACCAAGCGGCAGCGCCAGAGCCUUCGCAAGCUCGUCAUCGACAUGGUGUUGGCCACCGACAUGUCCAAGCACAUGACCCUCCUGGCCGACCUGAAGACCAUGGUGGAGACCAAGAAGGUGACCAGCUCCGGCGUGCUGCUGCUGGACAACUACACGGAGCGCAUACAGGUGCUGAGGAACAUGGUGCACUGUGCCGACCUGAGCAACCCCACCAAGGCGCUGCCGCUGUACAGGCAGUGGACGGAGAGGAUCAUGGAGGAGUUCUUCCGGCAGGGCGACAAGGAGCGAGAGAAAGGGAUGGAGCUCAGCGCCAUGUGCGACAAGCACACCGCCUCCGUGGAGAAGAGCCAGGUGGGCUUCAUCGACUACAUCGUCCACCCGCUGUGGGAGACGUGGGCCGACCUGGUGCACCCGGACGCCCAGGAGCUGCUGGACACGCUGGAGGAGAACAGGGAGUGGUACCUGAACGCCAUGCCACAGUCGCCCUCGCCGCCGCCCGACCGACACCUGCAGCACGACCGCUUCCAGUUCGAGCUCACGCUGGAGGACCUGGAGCACAACAACCACAACCACCUGAGGAGCAACGGCCCCGGUAACCACGGCGACGCACGCCGGCCGCACGGCCGCGGAGAAACCGGGAACGAAGACGAGGAGAACCACAACGGCGUCCGAGAUGAGGAGGAAGAGGAGGAGGAGACUGGAGAGGGUGAAGAAGAAGAGAAGGAGGGGACUGGAGAAAGAGCAGGUGACGAAGAGGAGGAGACUGGAGAAAAAGAGGGUGAAGAAGAAGAGAAGGAGCAAGAAGAGGAGACUGGAGACCAAGCAGGUGAAGAAGAGGAGGAGGAGGAAGAGGAAACUGGAGAAAGGGAGGGUGAAGAACAGGAGGCAGAAGAAGUAGAAGACCGUGAAGGAAAGACGGAUGAAGUGAACGAUGCAGCGGAGGGCGAGGAGACCGAAGAAGAGGAGGAAGUGAAUGAGCAACUUCAGGAAGGAGAUCAAGAGCAGGAAGAGGAGGAGAGCAAGGAUGGUGCAGAAAAUGAGGAGGCGAAGAAUGAGGAAGGUGAAGGUGAGGACACUUUGGAAAAGGGUAGAAGGGGAAUUAGAGGGAGGAGGGGAAGUCGAAAAUGAGGAGGCAGAAGUGGAGGAAAAAGAGGAGGGUGAGGAAGAAGAGGUCGGAGAAACGGAGGACAAAGGAGAGUUGGAAGAAGCAGAAGAGGAAGAGGAGGCGACGCCGGCGGUGGAAGAUGAAGACGAGCAACUAGACGAAGAGGAAUGUUAGUUGGGACGUAAAGAAAACCUGAACCGGGUCAGAGAAAUAAAAAAAGGUUAACGGGACUUUUGAUUUUUUUAAAGCACGUGAAAGGAGCCAGAAAGGCUUCGACCUUCGAGGAAGAGGAGGGUGAGGACGAGGAGGAGCUCAAGACGCACCUGUCCUCUGGCUCUCAGCCCGACGGCUCACGGACGACACCGGGGCCGAACGUUACGGCGUCUCACUCCACCGAGAGAGAGAGAGAGAGAGAGAGAGAGAGAGAGAGAGAGAGACAGAGAGGGAAGGAAGGAAGGAGGGAGAGAGAGAGAGAGAGAGAAAGACUCUUUCCUCGCAUCUUCAUCACCGUGUAUCUGGACAUCCAUCACUGCCGCGUGGGACAAAAAAAGGAGGAUAAUAAAAAUGCGUGUGUGGGGGAGGGGUGAGAGAGAGGGGGGAGGGGUGAGAGAGGAGGGGGAACUGUUUUAUCGACCUUUUGUAGCUCCUGGAAAUGGGAAGAAAGAUUUUUUUUUUUUUAAACCCUGAAAUGCACACGUGUGGAUUUAAAGUGUGACGUCAUGGACCGCCGUCGUCUCUCUGUCCCCGACUUGUUUGUCAGGAACACGACGACCAACAGCUGUGACGAUGACGUCAACGAGAGAGAGAGAGAGAAAAGAAGUCUGGAACAUGUCUGUCCUCUUAUAUUUACUACAAGAAACGAGAACAGCGCCGGGCUCUGGUCCAGGAUCAGUUUGACCUCCUCACAUACAACAUGAAAGCAACAAAAAAAAGGGCGACUCAAAAGGCUGACCUGUCGUCUGUGUCGAUGUCUGUUCAUGUUUUUUAAAAUAAUUAAUAAUAUUCAUAACAAUAAUAAUAAUAAUAAAAAACAGCGAGUAUUCACCCCAUCACGACAGCUUCACCGCGACCGGGCCGUGAGUUUGAUUCCCGGGUGGAUCGGGGCCAAACUGACCCAGGACCAGGCCCAUGGCCCGGGAGGCGGCGGCGUGUCGGGGCCCGGGUGCUCGGCUGUGACGGUCUUCCACAAAAACAAAAAACAGCCUUUUUGUUCUUUCUUUUUGUUUUUGUAAAAAAAAAAAAUGAAAUUUGGCACUUUAUCUAACACCCCUGUUAUAUAUGUGUACAUAAUAAACAUGUAUUUUAAUCUGCUGAUGUCAUAAUAAAUAUGAUAAAUGAA